AUAGAUAAAACAUAUAUCAAAAAUUCCACAACAUAAGCAUAGUGAGAUAUAAUAAGAGAAAGGAAAAAUGGAAAUGUUGAGAAUUAAACAUCAAAAGCUUCCUUACAAAAAGUGUUUCGAAGAAAAAAGCAGAAAAUACGAAUAAAGAAAAUAAAUAGAAAUCUCAAAAUUCUCCAUAAAAGUGACAAGGAACCCCUCGAAGAAGUCAGAAAGUGGAAGACAUUAUAUUUGAAUCACAUAAGCGAGUUGCUGUGAGACCUAAACGCGCUCGUGGAGAGCAAUAAAACCUGUGGUGCAAAAUAAAAAGUGAAAUAAAUUUGCUUUUCCCUAUAAAUUUGGUGAAAUAAAAAUAUUUGCUGUUGAAGACAGCAAGAUUGUAAAGAAGUCGCAUAAUAAUUUUAAUUCCUUGAUUGUGGAUUGAACAAGUAAGAAAGUGAAAAUGGGAGAAGACAAUUACGAUGACGAGUUAGUAUCAGCAAAUCCAAAUCAACGAAAUUGGAGGGGAAUCCUAAUAGCACUUCUUGUGAUAAUCAUUGUUCUCGCACUCAUCAUAACAUCAGUGGUUCUUCUAACACCACCCGAUGAAGGUCCGAGGGUGAAAGGUCAUCGAAUAAAGCUGCAAGAUAUUAUAGAUGGGAUGUACAAUCCAUUAAGUAGUAAUAACGGUUGCUGGAUUAGCUCUGAUGAGUUUCUGUAUCAGAAUCAAUGGGGCGAGAUAGCUUUACUAACCGUUGGCAACUUGUCUGAAAGGAUUUUGAUGUCGAACACAACAUAUAAAAACUUAGCUCCAGCAAGAUUUUCAUUGUCAUCAGAUAAAAGGUAUCUGCUGCUAGCUCAAAAUAUUCAAAAACUCUUCCGUCAUUCGUACUUGGCUCAGUACACAGUGUUUGAUAUUCAAGCAAGUGAAUCGAUAAAUUUAACACCGAAAAGUGAAGAAGAAUGGCCAUUUCUUCUCCAUGCUCAAUUUACACCACGCAGUCAUUCACUUGUUAUGGUGUACAAUUAUGACAUUUAUUAUAAAACGGGACCAAAAUCAGCUCAAUCAUUUAGAAUAACAAAAAAUGCAGUGCCCGGGAUCAUCUACAAUGGCGUACCUGAUUGGCUUUAUGAAGAGGAAAUAUUGGGAAGCAAUACUGCGAUUUGGAUGUCGAAUGAUGGCCACUUGAUGCUUUAUGGUGUCUUUAACGAUACAAAUGUAAUCGAGCAGAAAUUUCCUUGGUAUGGCUCAGCUUCAGAAAGCGGAAGCAUGAAUUUGUAUCCGGAAAUUAAAUCGCUAAGGUAUCCAAAACCAGGAACGAUUUACAACCCGACAAUAACAUUACGUGUCGCUGACUUAGCGGAUCCAAAAAGCAUACGAACGCGUGAUUUGACCCCACCGCCAAUCUUACAUCACAGAGAACAUUAUUUUGCAAGCGCAGCAUGGGUUUCACAAACUGAAGUCAGCGUCGUAUGGAUGAAUCGAGCUCAAAAUUUAUCGGUCGUCACGCUGUGUAAGAGUCCCAUGUGGUAUUGCCAGGAGACUCACAAAACUUCAGGCGAUGGUCGUGGAUGGAUCGAUGAAUUAUCAAUUCCGUAUUUCUCAUCUAACGUUAGCAGCUACAUUGCAAUAUCACCGGUACGUGAGGGAAACUCAGGUCAUUACCGACAUCUGAUUCAUGUACAGAUAUCGAAGAAGCGAAUAAUUCCGUUGACACAUGGGAAAUAUGAUGUGAAUAAGAUUGUUAAUUGGGAUCAGACAAACAAUUUAGUCUAUUACAUGGCUACACCAGAAAGUUUUCCAAGUCAUCAACAUCUUUAUCGAGUAAAUGCAACACCACCAGCUAUGGGAGUUGGUUUACCAGCUCCUACGUGUUUAACAUGUUCAUCAGUCGUCCCUGAUUAUCCAAGAAUGACUGCAGCAGCAGCAGCUAAAGUUGAAAACUCUUACGAAACUGAGAGUGUUGAAGAAAACAUUUCCAACUCUUACAAUGACAAUUCAGACGAGAAUCCAACAAGUGAAAGUUUACCAAGUGGUUGUCAAUAUUUUACAGCAAUAUUUGCACCAAACAACAAUGAAUAUGCCUUAAUUGAAUGUUUAGGUCCCGAAAUUCCAACAACAUGGAUAUACAAGUUUAAUAUCGAUCCAAAGAAAGAUCCAAUCACUCCCGUUUAUUUACUUCAAAACAACACCGAACUCAAGCGACGCGUUUCAAAACUUGCAAUGCCUCAAGUGAGAACAUUUCCAGUUAUGAUUUCGGGUGGUUAUCAUGCUCAAGUCAGGCUCUAUUUACCUCCGGGAUUACGGGAAGAUGAAAUCACGAAAUAUCCGACAGUUGUUCACGUUUAUUCAGGUCCAGGCACACAGCUUGUAACUGACAAAUGGCGCAUAGAUUGGAAUACUUAUUUAGCUGGUACGAAAGACUACAUCGUAACUCAAAUUGAUGGACGCGGCUCCAGUGGCCAAGGAUAUCAGCUUCUACAUGAAGUUUAUCGUCGCUUAGGGACGGUCGAGGUUUCAGAUCAAUUAGAAGUAUCAGAAUAUCUUCGAGACACGCUACAUUUUGUUGACAAGAAGAGAAUGGGGAUUUGGGGCUGGUCAUAUGGCGGGUAUGUUGCCGCACUUGCUCUCUCGACAUCGUCUAUUUUUCAAUGUGGGAUUAGUGUUGCUCCGGUUACUAACUGGAAGCUUUACGAUUCAACUUACACCGAGAGGUUAAUGGGAAUGCCAAAUCUCACCGACAACUAUCAGGGAUAUGAAGAAGGAGAUUUAUCAAAGCACGUCGACCAACUAAAGGAUAAACAAUUUCUCUUGAUUCAUGGCACAGCUGACGAUAAUGUGCACUUUAUGCAGAGUAUGGUGUUUUCAAAAGCUUUAACGAAUCGUGGAGCUCUAUUUAAGCAGCAGAUUUAUCCAGAUGAAGGUCACAAUCUUGCUGGUGUAAAGAAACAUUUGUAUCGAUCCAUGACGUUGUUCUUUGAGGAUUGCUUCAAGAAACAGGUUCCACUCGAGGUGAAAUCGGGCUUGGGGAACGGCGGAUCUGCAGAGCAAUCGAACUAAACUUUUAAACGUGAUAUUGGUGUCGGAUUUUUAUUUUAUUUCUUUCUUCAUCUGUUCAUGUUUGAAUCGUAAAGCAGACUUUUCGGUUGUGAGAGCUUGAAAGGAUUAAAUAUAAAAUAGAUUCGACGUUAUUGUUGCCGGUUUAGUGACACUUUUGAAAGUAUAAUCUGAAAUCUAAUAAAUAAAUCACUAAAAGACUUUUAUAUUUAUCUCAUUAAAUAAAUUAAGCAAGUUAAGGAGAUUGUAAAAUGCUUAAAAGAAUAGAAAGCAUUGAUAAAUUGCUUAAAAUUCAUUUCUUCAUUAAUGAUAAUCAAUAAAGACAAUAUAAUUGAUAAGAUAUCUUAAGACCUUCAUCAGAAUCUAUUAAAUAUUACAAUAAAAUAAAUCAAUUAAAAUUUAAUUAGAAAGCAAACGAGUUCUAUAAAUAGUAAGUUUAAAUGAGCGAUUUUCUAAUGCUCAAUCGACCUCAAAUGCUAUCAGAAUCUGCAAUUGAAAUGAAUCCAAUCAAGCUGAUGUUUUUGAAACAGAAAUUCCCAAGAAGAUUGCGAGCAUUACGCUGCAAACAAUUAAACGUUUCAUGAGGGAAAAUCAAUAACAGCUUCACGGUUCAGAUGCAAUCUCAAGAGUCAUGAUGUGAUGUGCCAAAGAAAAAUCGAUGAAGGUACGCGAUGAGAAUUAAAUUAAACAAAAAUAUACAGCAAAUUUAAUUCAUUAAUUCUCUGAGAUUUUGUUUUCACAAUUUGAAAUUCUACUUAACUUCACAGAAAGCUAUAAUUUUCCAUCUCAGAGCAAGAAGAAACAUGUUAAGCAAAUCACUUUUAACCUCGCGUAAAAGCAAUUUGAUUGGAAAAAAUAAAUUAUAUUUAAAGAUGAAAAACAUAUUUACAUAAAGCAAACACAUAUCUGCUCGACAUUAUCUACAUUUAAAAGAAACACUGAAUAAUCGUGGGAGUAAAUUUGUUGAAGAAGAAAAAUAUGAAACGAAUAAGCUGAAAGAUGAAACAGAUUUGUAUCAUUUCUUGCUUUAGAAUAUCAUACCUAGGAUGAAAGAGAAAAAUAUUCUUUAUUUAUUUAUUCUCAGGCUUUCAGACUAAAUGAACAAAAGUCUCUCUGAUAUUUAUUUAACUCAAAAUUCAAAAGAAUUUAAUGCGCCAAGCUCUAAGCACACAUUCUUGAGCUUGUCUACGAAGAAAAAAGAAGGAAAGUUCUUGCUUUCAUUAAUCAACUCUUUUAUAAAAAGAUCUUCUUUUAUGGUUCUACAUUGCAUACAAAUAUCUACUUAUACAUUUAUUUCACACAGAAUUCCUUUCAUUUUACGGGGAAAAAAACAUGAAAGAUAAGGAAAAGCAAUUUAUUUUAAAUUUUAUGAAGGUUGAAGAACGAAAUAUACUCAUAAACUUCUUUUGUGUAAGCAGCGCAUUAGCAGCACUUUAAAUUGAUAACAAAAUUUAAUAAAAAUGAGAGAAAAUUAACUUGCAAAUGAUUCAUCGAUUUUUAAAAACUGUAACGAGUUUGAUAAAAGUUGAAAUGAGAAUGUCAUGGACUCAAAUUCACAAUGAUGAGGUCAUACGACAAAUUGAGUAGGUAAAUACUUUCACUUCUCCUAAUUAAAAUUAAUUAAGCUGAAAAUCCUUCUGCUUACAUUGGACAGACUGUUUCUUCUUUCAACAUAAGCGAAAAUUUAUGACCUCAUCUUUCUUUUAAUUACUGAGUUUAGCAAAGCAAUUAAGUUGACGCAUGUUUGCAUAAAACAAAACUGGGUCCAAAAAGAAUUCAAGUUACUUGAAACAAAAAAAAAGAGAAGGAAAUUAAUCAUUUCCAGCACGUACUCGUUCAAACACCGUUGCAGCAAAAAGUAUAUUAAUAAAAAAUAAAAAGGAAAAAGAUCCUGACGUUGAAUUAAAUUAACUUAUUCUCGAUUAUAGUGUAAACAUUUGCCACCUUUUUCAAUGCAAACCUUUUCCUGAAAGAGUUCAUUAAUCACCUUGAAUAAAUAAAAUUCAUUCUUGGAAAUAGUUGUCAAAAUAAGUCUUUGAAAAGUUUGAAAUGUAGGAUCGUAGAUUCUUAGAAACAAAUCAAUUUGAAUCUAAAUAGAAAUGGAUUCUUGGAAGUAAAAGUUAUUUAAAUCUUGUUUAGGAAUCAAGCUUAGAGACCUUAAAAAAUAUAUGAAAAAAGUUUCUCUGCUUAGAGAGCUUUGAAUAGCAAGAAAUGUAAACUUUUUCUUCUGUAAAUUUAAAACUUUUAAAUAUUUUGUAAAUAUUCAUUAUAAGUACAUACAAAUAUGUAGAUACAUAAAUUCUUCAAAGUUCAAAAAAUUGUUAAAUUCAUCUCUCUUUCUAUUUGCUGUGAUCUGUGAGUCUUUACAUUCAUAGAAAGUUUCCUCGAAUUAUGAAACAUGAAAAUUUUAACUAAGAAAAUUUAGGAUAGUUGAUAAAUUUGAUUUGAAAGUUUUGUGAUUUUAUGAUUAGAAAUACUUUAGAGAGACAUUAUUGAAAUCCUUCAUCCAUUAAAUCAUUUAUACGUUGAUAGAAUUUUAAUUAAAAUUAAUUUUAUUGAUUAGAAAGAUUAACAUAAGUUGAGUCAUGUAUUGAACCAGUUGAAGAAAGCUUUGAAAUUAUCUUAAUAAAGUUUUAAAAUUACAGAAUAUAUAAAAUAUGCUUUUGAUUAGAUUUAAGUAGAUUUUCGUUAAACGAGAAUAUCCAUUGAAGAUCAAAGCACAACAUUGUGAGAAAUUAUUUUGAAAUCUAGAGAAAGUCUAAUAAAGGAAUUCAUUCUUUUCAAAUGGU